CAAGAUGUCAAUCGAUUGCAAUUUAUCACCUACCAUUGAACCAAUUCGUCAAUUAUUUACAAAUAAAUUAUUACAGAAUCCAAUAAAAUAUAAAAAUAUUCAAAUAGAAGCCUAUGAAGCAUGUAUGAAAAGUAUACAAAAUAUUCAAGAUCAAUAUAAUAUUGAUUUAAAUCAAUUAAAUACAUUGAAUUCAAUAAUAAUUAAUGAUAAAUCCUAUUGGAAAUGGGAAAUAAUUAAUUCAACUAUUGAUUAUAUACCAUCAUUUUAUUAUCAUCAAAAUUAUAAUCGAUCUAAUAAAAUAAUAAAUAAUAAUAAUAAUAAUAAUAAUAAUCAAUUCAAUAAUCAAUAUUCUAUAAAACAUUCAAUGAUAAUUCCAUCAACUCCAUGCAAAAAAUCAAAUCAAAUUGAUCGAAAUCAUCAUACAAUCGAUAAUAAUGGAAUAUAUAUUAAAGAUCAAUUCACUUGUAAACAAUCUAUUCCAUUGAAUAAUGAAAUGAAACAGAUAACAUUACAUAAUAAUCAAUCAUGUAAUUUAUUUACAUUAUGGCAACCAAAAAUCAAACGUGAAAAUUACAUUCAUUUAAACAAUAAUCAAUUAACAAAUAAAUUAAAAAAUCAAUCAUCUUUCAUAAAUUAUCGAUCUAAAAGUUUAGAUCAUGAUUUAAAUCAUUUAAUACAAUUAAAUCAAUUAAAUCAAUAUCAUAAAACGAAAAUAAAAAAUCAAUUUUCUUCAUGUAUUGAUCUUUAUCAAAUGAAUAAUAAACAAAUAAAAAAUCAAUAUGAAACCAUUGAUCCUCUAUCGAAAGAAAUUAAUAGAAUAUCAAAAAAUGAACAUAUGAUUAAAAAAUCUAAGCAAAAAAUAAUCAAUAAUCAUUUAUUGAUUACAUGAAAUAUAAAAUCGAAUAUUAUGGUUUCUACUACUACUUAAAUGACAAUAAGUGACUACAAAACUGACUUAUCGAAUGUACAAUAUUCAAUAGUGACCUUUGAGGAGAUCAUUAUCAUUAUUAUUUAUCUUACUAUUACUGCUAAUAAUAAUAAUAAUAAUAUUCUUAUUAUUAUGUACUAAUUGUUUUAAAGCUAAACAUUAAUUUUAUUCUAUUUUGUAUGUAACGCAAUCUUUUCAAAUAUUUAUGUAUAGAAUAUUGAAUUUUCUCUUGGGAUUUUAUAUCUUCU